AUGUCAGUAUUUGAAAGGGUGAGCUUAGGAGCAUCAGAUAUAUGGGAAAGGGUUAAAGUGGACGCUGCAGCAUGGUUUGGAGCCAACGAUCCAUCAUCCAGAAAUGAGGAAUUAAUUCAAAGCAGUCUGGUGAAUGUCUUGCGAUGGCAAAAACCUUCAGCUUCUUUUGUUAAGUGUAAUAUUGGAACAUCGUGGAUUGACGACAGACAGAACCGUGGAGCAGCUUGGAUACUAAGAGAUCAGUCAGGUCAAGUUCUUUGUCAUAGUCGCCGAUCCUACUCUUCAGUGUCAAAUAAGAUGGAAGCAGAGCUAUGGAGUUUCCUCUGGGCAGUUGAGUCCAUCUCAUCUCUUCGGUACGAGAGAGUGGUUUUCGAAUCCUCCUCCUACCUUGCGGGGGAAGCAAUCCUUAGACCUUCCUUGUUUCCACAAUUCAAUGAUAUGUUGCAGGACAUUCGUGAUAAGCUAUCCUUUUUUCGGUUAUGGACCGUAGCCUUUGCGCAUAUAGAAGGAAACCGGUGUGCGGAAGCAAUCGCCACUAGUGUUACUCGCGAUCACAAAUACUCGUCUUACAUUGCUCAUGCCGGUCCUUUCUGGUUAGCUUCGGAGCUUCAAGAGGAAGCUUUGGGGGGAAGAUCAAUGAUUCAAGAUGCUCUUCAUACUGUGACAGCCAGCUGCAGACUUGUGAGAAUCCUUCAUGUUACUGGUUUCUCCUUGCGGUUUUGA